AUGGCUCUACGCGUAAUAUCCGCAUAUAGAACAGUGUCGCAUGAGACAGCGGCCAUAAUGGCGGGACAGAUUCCAAUUGAAAUUAUGGCAGAUGAAAGGGCUAGAUUAUACCAUAGGAUGUGUGCUCUCAGGGAACAGGACGUACCCAUUACCAGGAGACUCCGUACAGGAAUCGGUAAUCUGAAAAGAUCCGCCUCCAUUGACACUUGGAAGGAACGCUUGGAGGAAGAAGGAGAUUACUUACCGGGCGCUCGGGUGAGGGAACACCUGAUCCCAAUUCUGAAGGACUGGAUAAACAGGGAUAGGAAUAGCGGCCUAUUUUUCAGAACACAAAUUAUAACUGGACAUGGUUGUUUUAACGUAUAUCUAUAUAAAAUUGGAAGAGCGAUGUCUCCCAUCUGCGCACACUGCAAUAAAGAUUUUGACACAGCGAACCACACGCUAUUAAGUUGUACCGAAUGGAACACACAGAGAGAGACAUUGGAAGAGACUUUUAACAGGAACUUUACACUUGGAACUAUCUUCGCGGCUAGUUUGGAGAACCCUGCAAAGUGGAGAACCUUCACCGAUUUCUGUGAAGGCGUAAUGUCAAUAAAAGAGGAGGCUGAAAGGGUCAGGCAGAGAAUGACGGGAAUACAACCUCGCUGCCGAAGGCCGGCCCGGGCUAGAAUUAGACCUGCUCCUUGA